AUGAGGAAGGAAUUGAUUCUAGUUUUAUUAGGAAUUAUUGGUACUUCAUUCCUUUCGUCACUUUUAUCAGGAUAUGUUCAAGUGGACACAGAUAAAGUGCUUUUAGAUACCGUUGUCGGCUUUGUUGGCGCAGGCAACUUUUCUUACUGGCAGUUAGGCCACACUGGACCUCUAUUAAUCGAAUUAACGUCUCUGUCUGGUGACGCUGAUCUUUACGUGUCAGAUAAUAUCAGGCCCAGUUAUGAGGUAGACAAAAAUAAUUUCAGCUCGGUGACUUGUGGACCUGACAUGGUCAGCAUUCCAGCAGAAUUUCCGAGGCCUUUAGGCAUAGGCGUGUUUGGCCACUGGACUCACACCUUCUCAGAAUACAGCAUCCAAGUCUUCCUGGACGCUUCAGCUGUGGACCAACUCUCAUUGCUGGACAAAGCCAACCCUUCUGACGCACCAGGUUCGAUAAAUAUUAGAAAUAGCUCUUUUAACUAUAUCAAAGAAAUCAGAAACCAGGAAUGCUUUAAAUAUUAUUUCUUUUAGCGGUUUUUAAACAAUUUGGUAUUCGUUAGAAGAACUUUGUCCAGCAUUUGAGCUUAAAUUAUGGCAAUAUUGGUGCAGUUUCUGUGGCUACAAAUUCUUAAACUUAUUUGUAGGGAAUAUGAAUUAGAUAACUUGGGACCAUGAGAAUUUCAAAGGGGCAGCGGCUGAUGCGGGGAUCUCGUGACUCAUAAGGUGGUUACUAACAUGAUAUCAUUUAAUAUCAUGAAAUGACUCCUAUACUUUGUUAUAAUGAAUACACAGAGAAAUUCCUUGUAUAUAAUUAUGACAAAACAGUAAUUCC